GUUUUUGUGGGGGGCGGGUUUGACACAGAGGUUUCGGAGUAGUUGGGGGGUGGGGGGCGUUCUCACGUGUCUCCACUUGUGUCGCCAUGCCGGCCGGGUUUCAGCAACUGGGAGGAGAGACGGUGACUGGAACCCUCGCCCUGUCAGUCUUCACUGCUGUACUGGGAUCACUGGAGUUUGGCUACAACAUCGGCGUCAUUAACGCGCCCCAAAAGAUUAUUGAAAAGGACUACAACACAACGUGGUUGCAUCGCUAUGGACAGCCGAUCCCUACUAGGACACUUACGUCCUUGUGGUCUUUGUCUGUGGCCAUCUUCUCCAUCGGGGGCAUGUUGUCCUCCUUCUGUGUCGGUUUUGUUUCGGAGUGGUUGGGAAGGAGGAAGGCCAUGCUCAUCAACAAUCUGUUUGCAUUCAUCGGUGGAAGCCUGAUGGGAAUGUCCAAACUGUGUCGCUCCUUCGAAAUGAUGAUCCUCGGGCGCUUCAUCAUUGGCUCCUACUGUGGUUUGGCAUCAGGCUUGACCCCCAUGUACGUGGGUGAAAUUGCACCAACCAGUUUGCGGGGAGCACUGGGGACGCUGCACCAACUGGCCAUCGUUAUUGGGAUUCUCAUUGCACAGGUUUUGGGCCUGGAGUCGUUACUCGGCAGUGAGGACUUAUGGCCUCUCCUGUUGGGGCUGACGGUGGUCCCGACCGUCUUCCAGAUGGGGCUCUUGCCUUUCUGCCCCGAGAGCCCUCGCUUUCUCUACAUAGUACGCUGCCAGGAACACCAUGCCAAGAGUGGCUUGAGGAGGCUCACCGGCCGCCAAGAAGUGGGCGACCUGUUAGCGGAGAUGAAAGAGGAGAAGAGAAGGAUGGACAUGGAGCGUAAAGUUUCCAUUGUGGAGCUCUUUCGCUCGCCUAUGUACCGUCAGCCCAUUGUCAUUUCUAUCAUGUUGCAACUUUCCCAGCAACUAUCCGGCAUCAAUGCCAUUUUCUACUACUCCACUAGUAUCUUCACCAAAGCCGGUGUACAGAGUCCCAUAUACGCAACAAUAGGAGCCGGCAUCGUCAAUUGCGCUUUCACCGUAGUGUCGCUCUUCCUGAUUGAGAGGAUGGGUCGGAGGACGCUACACAUGCUCGGACUCGGCGGCAUGUGCAUCUGUGCCAUCAUCAUGACUAUAGCACUCAGCUUAUUGGUCAGUAUUACAGAAUUUAGUCUAUAUGGUUGCAGCAAUUUCACUGACGCCCUGUUCUCAACCUUACAGGAUAGUGUUCCAUCCAUGAGCUACGUUAGCAUGCUGGCCAUUUUUGGAUUUGUGGCUUUCUUUGAGGUGGGGCCGGGUCCAAUCCCAUGGUUUUUUGUGGCCGAAUUGUUUUCCCAGGGUCCCAGACCAGCCGCCAUGGCAGUGGCAGGGUGCUCCAACUGGACUGCUAACUUCCUUGUUGGCAUGUGCUUCCAGUAUAUUGCUGAUCUUUGUGGUCCGUACGUCUUCCUGAUCUUCGCCGGUCUACUGCUUUUUUUCCUGGUCUUCACGUUCUUUCGUGUGCCUGAGACGCGAGGCAAAACCUUUGACCAGAUUGCCACCAACUUCCAGCAGCACUCUGAUGGAAUGAUGGACAUGAAUAUGGACAAGACCAGCACAGAACUGGACUACUUAGGGGAUGAGAUAACCGACUAAGACCAGUCUGGGAGAGAGAAAGAGACUCCUUGUGGUGAAAAUGUGUAUUGUUUCAAAUGGUGUGUGGUGUUCUCCAAAUAUUUCUAAGCAAUUUCCUGCACUUUAACGCCAAGUACUGCAACUUUUAGCAGCUUGUUCAACUUCUGCACGUCUGUUUAUUUUUGUAUUCCUUAACAUAGUGAAUCAAAACUGGCAUCAAUAAAUCGUACAAGUAAACGGUCUUGUUGAAAACAUUUAAAAUAGGCUGACCAUAUUCUGAAAUCCCAAAAAGAGGACCCAUAUGCGUGCCAAGGCGGGCAGCAUGCCAAGGCCGGGACUAGGUGAAAAUGUGCCAAUGAUACACGAACUUGCUUUAUACAUAAUACAUUUAUUUACAUAAAGCAUUUUUUCUCCUCUGUUGACAGCAGUGUUGGCGCUAGGAAUUUUCAAAAUGGGGUUCCACAGUAAAUUUUUGGGGUCCCACUUUUUUAGUAAGCGUUUUGGAAAAAAAAUUAUAAACGUAUGCAUUAUCCUGUUACAUCUCACAUUCUAUAUUGUGUUUUGGAAAAAGGUUGU